AUACACUUCAGUCGUUUAACUGGGAGUGUUUUGUGAACAUCGCACACAGCAUACUUUCCUCCACACGUCUGAUUUAGUUUAAUGUUAAAUAGUGAGGAUUAGAAGAGAAAUUAGUUAUUUUUAAUUAAUUUCACACACAAUACCGCCCAAUAGAGCCUCAAGUGUGAAAAUUAGAAGGUUUCAAAGUGAUUUUCAUUGUUGAAUAUUCGAGUUUUUCUCUACCAGCUGUUAAACUACAAUAUAUAUAAACUCACAGUACACACAGUGAUAAGGCUAAUAAAAUGGAAGAAAUUGGAGCAUCUCCACAACGCCUGGGAAACUUCCGUGUCCUGUACCUUCUAACUCUGCUGAUUGGUGUGGUGUUGCUAACUCUCGUUGGUGGCUGGAUUGGGAGUCAUUUGAAUGGCCUGGCAUGGCAAAGUAAUCCAAGUGUUCAGUUCAACUGGCAUCCCCUUUUAAUGACCUUUGGAAUGAUUUUCCUCUAUGGGAAUUCCAUUCUCACCUAUCGUGGCUUAAGGAACACCCGGAAACGUACACUCAAGAUCACUCAUGCUACCCUCCAUGGAGUAGCAUUUGUGGCAACAGUUAUAGGCCUCAAAGCAGUUUUUGAUUCACACAAUCUCGCCACACCUCCUAUUCCUAAUCUCUACUCAAUGCACUCCUGGCUGGGUCUGGCAGCUGUGAUCCUCUUCUGUGCUCAAUAUCUCGUAGGAUUCGUCGCUUUCCUCGUACCGGGACUGAGGCAACCACUCCGUGAAACAAUUAUGCCCUACCACGUGCUCUUUGGCCUGAUGGGCUUUGUGGCAGCCGCUGCAACAGCUCUUCUGGGUCUUACUGAGAAGAUUUUCUUCGCUGAAAAGAGCUACUCCACCCUGCCGGCUCAGGGUGUUCUUGUGAAUUUCAUUGCAGUCUUCAUUGUCAUCUUCACGGGGCUCGUGGUGUACCUUGCAACGGAGACACGCUUCAAGAGGCAACCAUUGCCUGAAGAUGCGAUCCUUCUUACUGGUCAGACUGAGUGAGCGGCCAAAAAUCCUCAUUUUUUACCUCUUUUUGUGGCUUUUGCCAUGAAGGAUGUUUUUGUGAUUUUUUUCCAAUGCAUUUUGUCUAUAUUUAUAGUGUUUUAAAAUAUAUAUAUAUAAAACACUCGCAGAAUUUCUUUUUUUUUUAUUCAUAAAAAGAACUAUGUGAGAGCUCUAUCUAUGUAUACAUGCCAAGAAAAAAACAUUAUACUAUUGUAAAUUAUUUUAAAAUAAAAUAUUAUGAUUAAUAGAGAA